UUUAUGUUUGAUCUAUUACGAUUUACAAUUACGACAGCUAUCCGCUAUAUUAUCUACAUUGUGUGUGACUAAUUGAGUAUAGAAAUUCUGAAAGUGAAAAAUAAACCUAAACAAAAAGGUCUAAUUAAGUUUGUAAAGUCUUUGAUAAAAUACAUUCUACAAAAUGACAUCUGGACCUUACAAUUACUCGUAUAUUUUUAAAUAUAUAAUUAUUGGUGAUAUGGGGGUGGGAAAGUCAUGUCUUUUACAUCAAUUUACAGAGAAAAAAUUUAUGGCUGAUUGUCCUCACACAAUUGGUGUAGAAUUUGGAACUCGAAUAAUUGAAGUUGCUGGUCAAAAAAUAAAGCUACAGAUUUGGGAUACUGCUGGACAGGAAAGGUUCAGAGCAGUAACACGUUCUUAUUACAGAGGAGCAGCUGGUGCUUUGAUGGUAUAUGAUAUAACAAGAAGAUCAACCUAUAAUCAUCUAAGUAGCUGGCUUACAGAUACUCGCAACUUGACAAAUCCUAGCACAGUGAUAUUUCUUAUUGGAAAUAAGUCAGAUUUAGAUGGUCAAAGAGAUGUUACAUACGAAGAAGCCAAACAGUUUGCCGAUGAAAAUGGAUUAAUGUUUGUCGAAGCUAGUGCUAAAACGGGCCAGAACGUCGAGGAGGCAUUCCUCGAAACGGCGAAGAAAAUAUAUCAAAGUAUCCAAGACGGGCGACUGGACUUGAACGCGGCGGAGUCUGGCGUGCAGCACAAGCCGGCGUCGCCCGGGCGCCCGUUGGCCGCGCCGCCCGCCGCGCGCGACCACUGCGCCUGCUAACUCGCCCGCACGCCCUCGAAUAGUGAAUAAACGCUGUAAUUAUCCUCGAUGAAAUUAUUUUUGACAAAUGCGGUAGCGAUAGACGCCUGUGUCGCGACUAUUUUCGUGCCGGUAGGCGUGGCUAGGGAAGCGACGUCUGUCGCCGAGGUCCAUUCUAACAAGCAUUUCAAAUUACACAAUUGCUAUAAAAGUAGUAAUAUUAUCUGACAUUUCACUGCUGUGUGAUGGCCUCCCCUGUUUUAGUAGAAUGAUUAAAUGUUAAUUUCCUCUGGGUGAUAAAUGAAAUCAUACAUUUAAACUUCGAGAUAGAUCACUGCAUUCUCUCCAUAAGGACAUCCUGAAUGCUGGUCUUUAAUAAAAAGCAGUCAAACUCAAACAUAUAGGCAGCUUUUAUAAUAAAAUAAUAGUUGAUGUUAAAACAGACUUGAAGUAAAUAUCCUAGCUUCGCCUAUGUUUGUGCCGAUUGUAUAUAUAAAUAUAUAUAUAUAUAUAUCUGUAUGCAAAAUUUUUAUUUAUACUUUAUUUAUAAUUAUAAAAUUAGUAAUAUUUAUAGUAUGAGAAAUAUUGUUUGAAAAGAGCACCAAAAUCUCAUUUACAUUCCACACAAUUGGGUUCAUGGAAUUUAUAAUUAUACAUAUAGGAUAAGUGACUUGUUAGGAUUGUAGUGAAUUUCGUUAAAGAUUGCACUUAUAAGGAUCAUAUUGGUUGGAAUGAGUUAAAAUAAACAAUGCAGAUAGUCAAUGUAUAACAGUGUAAUAAAUAUAAAGCUAAUAAAUAAAAACAUUUUAGCAGUUACGGAUUAAUUAUUUUAACUAAAACUUUUAAUUACUUAUAUAAAAAAUAAUAAUCAAAUGAUGUAUUAAUAAAUAUUUAAUCUUGUUCCGAUUUUAUCAUUUAGGCUCUUAAAGAUUCAAUUGGUUAAAUUAUAUUUUUCCGAACAAUUAUUAAAUUACUGUUAUUUCUCUAUUUUUUUUUUUUUGUAUACGGUAUGUUAUUAACGAUCACUUGACACCUAGAUAUUAUUGGUAGAGAUUUAGAAUUACGAAUAAAGUUUGCUAUAAGCAGAAUAUACAGAAUAAUUAUAUUUUUAAAUUGGUUUUGAUUUGAGUUACUCACUUCAUAUAAUUAAAUAAAAUUUGUAAAAAUUUUGAAUAUUCCUUAAGACAUUGAAAUAACUUUUACAUCUCCUGAUUUAAUAAUAAAUAUAUAUUUCUCUAAAACUAGUUAAUAUGUGAACCUUCAUUCACGAAGGCCCUCAUUCACCCCUCGACGUUAAAUGAAAUAAUUUGAAAAUUAACUUGAAAAUAAUGAAAAACAUAAAGUAAUAUUGAGUUUCAACUAGUAUUGAUUAUAAUUGCAUAAAUUGUACUCUACCAAAUUAUCUAGGUCUUCACUGAUUGGUUAUUUAAAAAUAAAAUCAUGGAUACACUUAAUUAACCUUAGCAGAUUUUUGAGCAAAGAAAUCUAAGGCUAGAUCGUAAUGUCAAGGUUAACUUUUACAGGUUGAAUUGGGUACACAGUUUUUGUCACUAAUAUUAAAGGCUGUUUCUUAAUUAAUUCACCGUCAAGCGAAGAUGUUAAUCCAUUUGGAUUUAAAACCUAAAACUUUUUUGGCACUGAUUUUGAUAAUCUUCAUAUAUGUUGCUUACUAGAACACUUUAAAUUAUUCCCGAAAUAGUGAUUUGUUGUUUUCAGUUCUAAAACGGAUUUCCUUUUAGUGGGGCGAAAACGACCCCAAUUGCAAAUGAGAGUUAAUAUUGUAUUAUUGAUGCAAACAACAACUUUUUUAACAAUAUUUGAGCAGUUACUUCGUGUCCUACUCUAAAUGAAAAAUUAUCAUAUCCAAGGAUAUGCUUUAAUAUUCUGUUAAUUGUUUGAAUAAGCGUAUCAAAUUAUGUUACUAUAUAGAUUGUGAUGUAAAUCUGAGAAUACUAUUGUUAGUAAAUUAAUGUUGUCUACUGAAGUUUCCAUUGCUUUUGUAUCUUAAGUAAUUGAAUAAAUGUUAAAUAUGUUAUUUUUAAUCAAAUGAAUUAUAAUUUAUUGCAAUUUUAA